AUGCGAGUUGGUGAAAUCGAUACGUUGAAUGAGCGUUAUUAUGCUGAAAUACUUUUUGAAGCUUCUUGGGAAGAACCGAAACUCAAAGGUCUACAAAAGAAACCUUUUGAUUCAACAGUUUAUUGGACGCCACAACUUGAAUUGGUGAAUGGCAUUGGUGAACUUCACGAUACGAUAAUGUACAGUGUUCGUCAUGAUCGUCAAGGUGUCGCUACAGUGACUGAGCAUCAUAAAUUAAAAGGCACAUUGUGGGAACGAAUGGAAUUGCAAUAUUUUCCACUUGAUGUUCAAGACUUAUCAAUUUCAAUUACAACAUCACAUUCAAGCAAAGAAAUGAUCUUUGUGAAGAAUUUUCAUAAACCAUCAGGAGCUGACCGACGAGUUUUUACUGAUGAACAAGAGUGGUAUCUUUUCGAAAAUGUAGAUAUCGAAACAACAGAGCGAAUCGAAGAAUAUGUUGAGGAUGAAAACAAUUAUUCAGUAGUUACUUGCUCUUGCCAUGCAGCACGGUAA